AUGCACAAAAUGCGCAAUUAUUCGCAUCUUUGGCAGCAGCUAGUGCCAGUGCUGGUGGUGUUGCUGCUGGCCAGCACCUGCGUCAAGGCCAAGCCGCUGGUCUCCUUUGGCGUCAGCUACCAGCAGCCGCAGCCCUACGUGGGACCGGGACCCUACUACAGCAGCUACUACGGCGGACCAGGACCAGGAGGACCCUACCAAAGUGGCGGCUACUACUCCAACUCCAACCACUACUACAGCAGUCCGGGAUCGCCCUAUCCCUAUCGGUAUCCCUAUGCCGCAGGACACCGAUACGGAGCCCUCGAUGUGGGAAUCGGCGCCCUGUCGCUAACCCCCUUUCUCCUCUGAGGGAGGGCGAGGAGAUGGUGCGGAAUCAAUCCACAGAGCAAACACAAA